GCUGUCGCGCCUGCAUCCUCUUGUCUCCGGCUCCUUUUCCACACGUGUUGACCGGAGUUUAACAGCUGAGAACAUUAGAAAAAGAUAGAAAGAAAAAAAAAGUUGCCUCUCCACGAGGCGACCCACAACAAUGACCCCGUCCUGACUAAAUUUGAAUGGAUUAAGCCAAUCUAUUCCGAGCUCUAAUGAGAUUAGAGAGCCAGCGCAGACGCGGGUCGCAGCGGCGCGGCACCUUUCGUUGAGCUCCUCGGGGAACCUUCCCACACACCCCUCUCCCGUGAACCAGCCGACCUGUCGGCGUGGAAAUGGCGUUUUUUAUGCCGUGGACGCGAGUGGAAAAGAACAGACGUUUGAAUGCACGCUCACCUGUGCCGCUUCUGUGGCGCACGGAUUCCUAGAAGUAAGAGAAGAGUUACAGCCGUGUGAGCAGUGGUAGAAAACAGAGGAGAAAUGAAGUACCAGAAAUAUAUAACGGUGAUGCAGAUGGCCAUGGGAGUGACAGCAUCCAACAAAGACUGCCUCCCCACCAAGAGACAGCUGUGGGUAACCCCACAAGAAGGUGAUUCGCCCCCCUCAGAUGCUCCCGGGUCUUCUAGUGGACCACUAGGUGCUACUGGUGGCGCUGGUGCUAUAGCUUUGCCUGCCACCUCAACCCUCUCGUUGCCUAUGAGCCAAGCUAAACCUUCUCUACGUCGCAUUAAAGGCCGUAUCCAUCGCAGUAAGAGCCUGGACAGCAUGGACCUGCUUGAUUCCAACAGUGCAGCAAUGGAAGAAACAAUAAUAUGGGAACAGCAUACGGUGAAUCUUCACAGGGCUGCUGGAUUUGGGUUUGGCAUCGCCAUCUCAGGUGGACGAGACAACCCUCAUUUCCAGAGUGGAGAGACAUCAAUUGUUAUAUCUGAUGUGCUGAAAGGAGGACCUGCAGAGGGUUCACUUCAAGAAAAUGAUCGAGUCGUUAUGGUGAAUGGUGUCUCUAUGGAUAACGUGGAGCAUGCGUAUGCUGUUCAGCAACUACGCAAGAGCGGCAAAAAUGCAAAGAUUACUAUUCGUCGGAAAAGAAAAGUACAAAUCCCAGUUUCCAAGCCCGGUGAUAGGGAAACAAUGUCUGAGCAUGAGGAAGAGUACAGCGAUGAAGAUGAGCGUUAUGAUCGCCAAAGGCGUCACACGCGUGAGCGGAGUAACAGCGGGAGGCGGGAUCUCAGUCCCUCGAGGGAGAGAAGCAUCUCACCACGAUCUGAUCGCCAAUCGCGAACCUCAUCUGCUCCUCUCAAGCCUUCCAAGGUCACCCUGGUCAAAUCCCGCAAAAAUGAAGAAUAUGGCCUACGGCUGGCCAGCCACAUCUUUGUGAAGGACAUUUCCCCAGAGAGCCUGGCUGCCAGAGAUGGAAACAUCCGGGAGGGAGACGUUGUGCUAAAGAUCAAUGGCACGGUUACAGAGAACCUCUCGCUGAUAGAUGCCAAGAAGCUGAUCGAGAGGUCAAAGGGGAAGCUGAAGAUGGUGGUGCAGAGAGAUGAAAGAGCCACGCUGCUCAACAUUCCAGACCUUGAUGAUAGCAUCCCGUCAGCCAAUAACUCAGACAGAGAUGACAUUUCAGAGAUCCAUUCGCUGACAUCUGAUCAUUCCAACCGAUCCCAUGGGAGAGGUCAAUCGCGUUCUCCUGACAGGCCGGACACAGCGGACCACCUCCGUCACUCUCCUCGACAGAUCAGCAACGGCAGUCAUCGGAGUCGAGACGAGGACCGCAUCUCCAAACCAGGGGGCAUUUCCACUCCGGUGAAACUCUUUGACGACGGGGUUUUGUCUCAGGCCAGCGACCAGGCCAGCUCCAGCAAUGACAAACAGUUACCUCCUCUGCCUGAACCAAAGCCAGUUUAUGCACAACCCGGUCAGCCGGACGUGGACCUGCCUGUCAGCCCAUCUGAUGCCCCAGUGCCCAGCGCUGCUCAUGACGAAAGCAUUCUUAGGCCAAGUAUGAAGUUGGUCAAAUUCAAAAAGGGAGAGAGUGUUGGGCUGCGGUUAGCCGGGGGAAACGAUGUGGGAAUUUUUGUGGCAGGAGUUUUGGAGGACAGUCCAGCUGCCAAGGAGGGGCUGGAGGAGGGGGACCAGAUUCUCAGGGUUAACAAUGUGGACUUUGCCAACAUCAUCCGAGAAGAGGCAGUAUUGUUUCUGUUGGAUCUCCCAAGGGGAGACGUUGUUACCAUUCUGGCACAGAAGAAAAAAGAUGUAUAUCGGAGGAUAGUGGAGUCAGACGUUGGUGACUCCUUCUACAUCCGGACACAUUUCGAGUAUGAAAAGGAAUCUCCGUACGGAUUGAGCUUUAACAAGGGUGAGGUUUUCCGAGUGGUGGAUACACUCUACAAUGGCAAGUUAGGCUCCUGGCUCGCUAUCCGCAUUGGAAAAAACCACCAAGAAGUAGAAAGAGGCAUCAUUCCCAACAAGAACAGAGCGGAGCAGCUGUCUAGCGUGCAGUACACCCUCCCUAAAACUCCAGGGGGCGACAGAGCAGACUUCUGGAGGUUCAGAGGCUUGAGGAGUUCCAAGAGGAAUUUGCGGAAAAGCAGGGAGGACCUGUCAGCCCAGCCGGUUCAGACCAAGUUCCCUGCAUAUGAGAGGGUUGUGCUGAGAGAAGCUGGAUUCCUGAGGCCAGUGGUUAUCUUUGGGCCGAUCGCAGAUGUGGCCAGAGAGAAACUGGCCAGGGAGGAGCCGGACAUUUUUGAACUAGCAAAAACACAGCAACAACAAGGAGGGGAAAAGAGCGAACCAAGGGACGCUGGAACCGACCAGAAAAGCUCAGGCAUCAUUCGCCUGCAUACGAUCAAGCAGAUAAUUGACAGAGACAAGCAUGCGGUCCUGGACAUUACCCCCAACGCAGUGGACCGUCUGAACUACGCUCAGUGGUAUCCGAUUGUCGUGUUUCUGAACCCAGACACCAAACAGGGAGUCAAGAACAUGAGGACCCGUCUGUGCCCCGAAUCCAGGAAGAGUGCCAGAAAGCUUUUCGACCGAGCGCUCAAGUUAAGGAAGAACAACCACCACCUCUUCACUACAACCAUUAACCUAAACAGCAUGAAUGAUGGCUGGUUUGGAGCACUGAAGGAAAUGAUCCAGCAGCAACAGAACCAGUUGGUUUGGGUUUCUGAAGGCAAGGCUGAUGGGGCAGGUGAUGACGACUUAGAUCUCCAUGACGACCGUCUAUCUUACCUGUCGGCGCCGGGCAGUGAGUAUUCCAUGUACAGCACCGACAGUCGGCACACCUCCGACUACGAGGACACGGACACAGAGGGAGGAGCCUACACGGAUCAGGAGCUGGACGAGACGCUAAACGAUGACGUGGGCCCGCCCACCGGACCGGCCAUCACGCGCUCCUCGGAGCCUGUCCGAGAGGAGCCUCCAGUCAUCCAGGAGCCCCCAGGCUACGCGGCCUACUCGCACUCCUUGCAGCCGGACCCACUGAACCGCAUCGAUCCGGCUGGGUUCAAAGCCCCAGUACCGCAGCAGAAAGCAGAGGCCACGCCUAGCAUCUCGAGGCAGCCUGAGCCCCUGGCUGAGGCAGUGCCCCCUGCUGUCGACGUUACUGUAAAAACUGUAGGGGCUCUGAGCAUUGAUGAGGCUCCCCCAGCUCCUUACAGCAGGCCGAGCCCCAGCCAAGAGGCUGGCUCGGUUAGGAGGCCCACCCCUGAGCUAGCGCCUCAGAGCAUCACCCCAGAGCCUCUACAGUCUGGACUGGCCAGUCCAGAACCAAAGAUGUUCCAGAAGGAUCCAUACAGCAUGGAAAACACGGGGAGGAUCACAAACAGUGUGAAAGCUUUGAACUACAACCCUUCGCAGCCAUAUCACCCUGACCAGCAGCCGUACAGAGAUUACGACCACCCGCCCAGCCGCUAUGACAUCAGCAGUGGUGGCGGGAGUUACCCGGAUUCCAAGUACAGAAACAGCGAUCAUAUCCCGCUCUAUGAGAACAGUGUGCCUCAGUACGACCAGCAGGAGUGGAAUCCCUAUGGCCCACCCUCCUCUACUGCCAGCUCCCAGGGUUAUGAUCAUCUGCGUUACAGCGAAGGCCCGGAUGCAGAGUACACCCCCCCGUUACGUUACGAUGAGCCCCCACCACAUCAGGGAUUCAAUGGACAACCCCGUUACGGCAAACCUACAGGUCCAGUUCAUUAUGAUGACCUUCCACCACCUCCUCAAGGAUCUGAUCUCGGCUAUGACCAGGAUCCCCACUUCGGGUACCCCUCAGCCAGCCGCUCCCCAGAACCCGCACCCCAGCGACCCGCCUAUAACCAACCACCCAGCUUCCAGCCGAAAGGCUACAAACCUCAGCCCUAUGACCAUACUCCAGUGAACUCCUUAGCCAGCCUUACACCUCCGCCAAAAACAGAAGCCCACUCACCUUCCCCCAUGGUAGCUACUAAGCCCACGCCUUCCAGGGAUGAGCCGCCGGAGGAGGAUCCUGCCAUGCAGCCCAGGUCGGUCCUGACCAGGGUCAAGAUGUUUGAGAACAAACGCUCCGUGUCUGUGGACCGAGCCAGAGAAGCAGGAGAUUCAACUGGAAACAAGGCAGCUGAUUUGCCCCUCAAAGCAGGUGGCGUGAUCCCUAAAGCCAACUCUCUGAGCAACCUGGACCAAGAGAAGACCUUUAGAGCACCAGAGCCCCAGAAGCCGCAGUUCAAGGCAGCUGAUGACAUUGUCCGCUCUAACCAUUACGAUCCUGAGGAAGACGAGGAUUAUUACAGCAAGCAGCUGUCCUACUUUGACAGACUUCAGACCGGCCCUAACAAACCCCAGCUACAAGCACAAACAAGUCACAGCUUCCCCAGGACGGAGUCUGUAGAGAAACCAAGUCCAGUGGAGAAAAAGUAUGAACCAGUUCCUCAGGUGACGCCCUCUCUGCCACCAGCCACACUGCCUAAACCACCAGCUGAAGCUAAGCCUCCAGGCCGAGAAAACACUGUCCAGAGCAACUUUCUGCCUCAGAAGAGUUUCCCUGAAAAGUCUCCAGUUAAUGGCACAAGCGAGCAGCCUCCAAAGACGCUUCCCAGCUCAGGGGCGCCAUCUAGCUACAACCGCUUUGUUCCCAAGCCCUUCACCACCUCAGCCAAACCUUUUUCACGGAUGUUUGACAGCCCAAAAUUUAACCACAAUCUUCUGCCCAACGACAAACCAGAGAUUGCUCCAAAGGGUCCAAGCUCCAGUCCAGUGAAACCUCAGAUUCCAGCACAGCCUCAGAAUGCAGACCAUGACAGCGGCGUGGACACUUUCACUCGCACAGUGGAUAAUCGCCCCAAACACCAGCAGAAUAACGUCAAUGCUGUGCCCAAGGCCAUCCCUGUGAGCCCGAGCGCCUUGGAAGACGAUGAGGAUGAAGAUGAGGGUCACACUGUGGUCGCAACAGCUCGCGGUAUCUUCAACAGUAACGGCGGUGUCCUGAGCUCCAUUGAGACAGGCGUCAGCAUAAUUAUCCCGCAGGGCGCCAUUCCCGACGGAGUUGAGCAGGAGAUCUACUUCAAGGUCUGCAGAGACAACAGCAUCCUGCCACCGCUGGACAAGGAGAAAGGAGAGACUUUGCUCAGCCCGCUGGUGAUGUGUGGACCUCAUGGCCUCAAGUUCUUGAAGCCUGUGGAGCUGCGCUUACCUCACUGUGCGUCAAUGACCCCUGAUGGUUGGUCUUUUGCUCUAAAAUCCUCCGACUCCUCGUCGGGUGACCCGAAAAGCUGGCAGAACAAGUCGAUCCCCGGAGACCCUAACUACCUUGUGGGAGCCAACUGUGUGUCAGUGCUGAUUGACCACUUUUAAGGAGGGACGAAUGGACCAGGAGGCACAGCACUGCUGAAUGUGGGAGAAAUGAAGGCGAUGGACUCAUAUUGAAACACACACACACUCUGCACAUGCACUACAGCUGCAGUCCGGCCGUACAAAUGCAGCACAAAGUGGAGUAUGAAGGAGAGCCGGUCAAUGCUGUUUACUGCACCCAGAUGUUGGCGAGACAAGAAAAACAAACCUGUGCUCCUUUUUGAUGGAAGUUUGGAUGUGAAGUAAAUGAUGCCUGCCCCACAUCUCUAAAAA